GUGACAGGCCCAGAUGAAUCCAAAACCAUUGACCUAGUUUCUUCUCUUCUUGGGUCUGGGCAGCUGAUCACUUUGACGAAGAAAAUGCUGCGAGCGGCAUCUGGAAUCUUUCCUCUCAUGGUGAGGACGGCAGUAGGCAGUCAUGUUAGGAAGCUUGUAUCUCGACCUGCUGCUCUGACGCUGGUACGUACCAUGACAGAAAAAGUGGAACAGUUGAAUGAAUUUCAAAAAUCAAAGCUGAAACGGAAAUUUUUCUUGUAUGAUAUAGAUGAUGAUGGUUUUGUGGAACGUGAAGACUAUGACAAUUACAUAGCGAAAAUCAAGGAAGCAUAUGAUCUCAGUGAUGACGACCCUCUUUUGAAAGCCUUUGAAGUGGAAUUUGAAUCCCACUGGCAGCAGAUGCUCAAUUUUAUGGAUGAAAAUGCAGAUGGACAGCUUUCGCUUGAGGAAUGGCUGCAUUACUAUCCAAACAUCACAGCCAACGUUCAUGCCAAAAACCAAGAUAAUUUGCCCACAUUUCUCCUUACCAUGGCAGACACCUUGUUUGACUUGAUGGACACCAAAAAGGAUGGUGUAAUUGAUGCUGAGGAAUACAGUGAAUUUUGGACCAAAUUUGAUAGAAGAUAUCCCGUGGAUGUGGCUACAGCUAAAGAGCACCUGGCACAUUUAACAGAGAAUGGGAAGUAUGACAUGGACAUCUACCACUACAGGGCUGUCUAUGCAGACUACACAUGGUCUGAUGACCCAGAUACUUUUGGGCGUUAUGCCUACGGACCUAUAGUACUAUAAUAGGAACUACAGUGUAGAAUACUUAACAAGUAUUUCAAAAAAAAAUUUAAGCUUGAAGUGAAAUUCAGGACGUACACAGCUGCUUUAUUACUCAGUUUGAAGAAAUAGACAAUGUUUUUGUGGUAAUGACCAAAACUGGUACAAACCACUUAAGAAUACACAGGUACACUAUUGUAUAAUAUUAUGUUGACUGGACAGUGCUUGCAAUGGUGAUGCCGAGAGACUUACUUACAUCUUCUCACAUAAAGAAGAUAAUUAUUUGCUGCAAAUGCCUCCCGAAGUAGAACACACACUAAAAGAAAGAACAGAAAGUGAAAAUAAGCAAAAAAAAAAAAAAAAAAA